AUGUCGACGGAACACCCAAAGUCUGCAAGUUCGUCCCCAGACUCCCAACAUACCCUUGACGAAGCAACUCCAGAGCCAAAGCCCAUUGAGACUGGACUUCCUAAGCAGUCUUGGAAUAAUGACGCCGCGCCUGAUGGGGGUGCAAAAGCUUGGUUGGUUGUGCUAGGCGCAUGGUGUGCCUUGUUCUGUACCUUCGGUUGGAUCAACAGCGUGGGCAUUUUCCAGAGCUAUUAUGAAACCUCUCUACUGCACCAGUACUCUUCUAGCACUAUUGCUUGGAUUCCUAGUCUACAGAUUUUCUUCAUGUUUGCCAUGGGACCAAUCGUAGGACAAUUAUACGACCGAUUCGGCCCUCGCUACAUUAUCCUCGGAGGGUCGUUCCUACACGUCUUUGGCCUCAUGAUGGCGUCCAUCUCCACAGAAUACUAUCAGCUACUUCUCUCUCAGGGAGUCUGCAGCGCAAUGGGAGUAUGCGCAAUCUUUCAGCCUUCUAUGAACGCGAUCCCAAGCUGGUUUGACAAGAAGCGAGGUGCUGCCUACGGGAUCGUUGCAACGGGCUCGAGUCUCGGGGGCGUGAUCUUCCCGAUCAUGGUUAGUCGAUUGAUUGACGAGAUUGGAUACGGUUGGGCAAUGCGCGUGGCUGCAUUUUUGAUUUUAUUUCUUCUUGUCAUUACUACUCUUACUGUUCAGUCGAGGGUGCCGCCAAGACCGCAGGCAAUGAGCCGGGACACGCUUUUGCGGCCGUUCAAAGAACUCGAGAUGAUGCUUAUUAUUUUGGGAUUUAUAUUCUUGACUUUUGGAAUUUUUAUUCCCAUUGACUAUUUGGUAGUCCAGGCUAUGAGUGCUGGUAUGAGCUCUUAUCUUGCCCAGUAUCUUGUUUCUAUGCUCAAUGCUGCAAGUUUGUUCGGUCGUAUGUCAGCCGGUAUUUUCUCGGACAAAGUUGGUCACUAUAAUAUUCUUGUCAGUGCGUGCUUCCUUGCUGGUGUCCUCGUUUUGGCUCUGUGGAUUCCUGCGGCAAGCAAUGCCGCCAUCAUCGUCUUUGCUUGCACAUUUGGGUUUGCUUCGGGUGCUUAUGUGUCCCUUGCUGCUGCCUUGGUGGUCAAGAUCUCACCGUUCCCUGAGAUUGGCUAUCGGACUGGCUUGCUAUUUUUGUUCUCCUCGUUUGGCGGUCUGACAACUAACCCGAUUGCGGGUGCUAUCUUGCAGCAUGAUGGAGGCUCUUACACGGGCGUGAAGAUAUUCUCUGGUGUGUUCUUGCUGGUUGGAAGUGUCGCAGUGCUGGCUGCUCGAAUUCAUCAUACUGGAUUGGUGUGGAAGGCCAAGUUCUGA